AUGGAUAAAAUUAAACGAACAUUAAGUUUUAAUGAAUCAUGUACAAAGAAGUUACGAACAAAUGAGUUUAAUAAAACUAUAAAUUCACUAUCUUCUAUUGAAACUUUUCCUAAUGAAAUAUUUUAUGAAAUAUUCGAUUAUCUGAAUGGUUGUGAUAUAUAUUCAGCAUUUUCAAAUCUUAAUUAUCGUUUUCAACAAUUUUUUAAUAGUUCAUCUUUUCUAUUGAAAAUUAAAUUUUAUUUUAUAUCUAAUCAUUUAUUUCUAAACAAUUAUAAACAUAAAAUAUUAUCACUUAAUUUAUGGCCAGCAUUUUAUAUUAAUGACUUUUUUUCAUGGUUUAUUAUCGAUUCCUCAUUUGAUCGUCUUGAAUCAAUUAUUCUUCCACGAAUUAAACAAAAAACACUUUUAUUAGUUCUUAAAAAAUUAAUUUAUCUUCCACGUCUUUUCUCAUUAAGUAUUGAAUUUUAUGAUACAUGUGAUGUUUAUCAAUCGAUUUUUACUUUGCCAAUGUUAAAAUAUCUUAAAGUAACAUCAUUGGAAUAUCAUACUUCACUUUCACUACCAAUUGCUAUCAAUAAUCAACAAUUAAAUACAAUUAAAAUUCUUAUUAUUAAUCAUUCUUGUACAUUCAAUGAACUUGCUACUAUACUUUCUUACACACAUCAACUUACUCAUUUAAAUUUUAUGCAUUUUUCUGGCAAUGAUUCAAAUAUUGAAAUGAUAUUAUCAAUAACAUUAUCAAAUUUAAUAUAUAUUUCUAUGAAUGUAAUUUUCUUAGAGUUUGAUAAAAUUGAAAUGUUCAUGAAGAAAAUAUCUUCGAAAUUAAAAAUUUUGCGUUUUAGUACUCGAUCUCAGGAUCAAUCUUAUCUUCUUUCUAAUCGAUGGGAAGAAUUUAUUUUACAACAUUUACCUUAUUUAGAAAAAUUUUAUUUCACAUAUAAUAUUAAUAUUGAUUAUCAAGAUGAACUUAUAGAUUUUCCUUGGCAAUCUGAUCUAUUUAUUUCACCAUUUUGGAUCGCACGAAAAUGGAUUUUUGAAGGUCAAAUUGAAGAUGAAGAAUCUAGUUUUUUAAUUAAACCAUACAAAAAACGAUGGUAUGAAUUUAUAAACGUUGAUAGAAAAUCUAACAUGAAACCUGCAACUUUACUUAGUGUUCAAUAUAUUCCUUUUUAUGAAUAUGUUGAUGAUUUACUUGACCAGAUUUUUUGUAUUAGAAGCAUAACAUCAAUUUAUCAUUUAGAAUUUUGUCAAACGGAAAUUUUUAUUGGUUCAUUAAUGCGAAUUAUACGUAUGUUACCUAAUCUUGAUUCAUUGAAAAUUUGGUCUGUAUUAUUACCACAAUCAACAUGUUUAUCUAUUAAAGACCGAAAAUUUCUUCGUCAUAUAAAAUAUACGAAUAAAAUUACAAAAGUUUAUCUUGAAAAAAAUCUGACGAAAUUUGAAGAAGUUCUUUUUAUAAUUGAUCUUUUUCCUCGAAUGAAAUAUCUUCAAGUUAGUUGUACAAGUUUUAUAAAUAUUCAAUUAUUCAUACAAGCUAUUUUAAUUAAAAUUCGAAAUAAAUCUAAACGUUAUCAUCGUUUAUUAGCUUUUUGUAUUUCAACAGCAAGUGAUGAAAUGGUGAAAACCUUACAAAAAAUGAUCGAUUGUCAAAAACUACUUUUUAAUUAUACAAUUAAACGUGUCUAUGAUACUAUCUAUUUGCAAUGGAAAUAA